UUGGAAACUGCAGCGGACGCUGUUGCCGUGGAGACCGGGUCAGCACCGGCCGAGCGAGCGAGCGAGAGUUCCUGCGACCGAAACAUCAAACGUGGGAAUUCUGCUUCACUCUACUAAAGAUGCUUCCAGUCAAGCCUGCUUUGCGCUGCAGCGUGUCCGAGUGGAACAACAACAACCUCCAGCUGUGGGCCGAAGCUCAGCAGCAGAGGCAGGUCUCUGGUGAGAUCAGACAGGAGUGCAGGUCGCUGCGUAAUGAGACCCACAGCAAGACGGUCUGGGAUGAGAAGGAGACGUCUCGGCGUCUCACUGAGCGUGUCUGGGAUGUCUCCAGGUGGAGGGACUUGCUGCAGAGCUGCGCUCAGAAAGUGGAUGAAGAGAUGGAUGCUCUGACGCUG